GCGCACUGGCCGUCUGGAGGGUCGGGGCGCCUGCGCAGUGGUUCGUCGUCCGGCGGCAACCAUGGCGGGUCAAGAGGAUCCGGUGCAGCGGGAGAUUCACCAGGACUGGGCGAACCGAGAAUACAUUGAGGUCAUCACCAGCAGCAUCAAGAAAAUCGCGGACUUUCUCAACUCAUUCGAUAUGUCUUGUCGUUCAAGACUUGCAACACUAAACGAGAAAUUGACAGCCCUCGAACGGAGAAUAGAGUACAUUGAAGCGCGGGUGACAAAAGGUGAGACCCUCACCUAGAGCUAUGCCAUGCUGCUGCUGGGAAGUUGCUUCAUGGAACGCAGGCCGACGUGGGAAAGGCCCCAGCAGCCUCAGCUCCUUCCUCUCUCCUUAAAGAGCAACAGGGCUUAUUCUUGUUUUUGGUUUUUUUUUUUUUUUUUUUUUUUUCAAAAGUGUGGCCUUUGGGUUCUGCCAUGUACGUCGGUGUGUGAUGUGGCAUGUGGGAAGACAUCCAGGGAAGCUCUUGGAACCAACAUUAGGCAUUUUAUCUUUGAAG